ACAGGUCUGUGGCCUCUACUCUGUGGAACACCAUUAGGGAAAUUUGUACUAGUUCCAACUGGAGGGCUUCAGUCUGUUUGCUUUUUUUCUUUAACAACGCUUGGUUUAUCGUUGUAUUAUUUAUUUUACGGUUAAACUAUAAACCUAAGUUGCAUCACCGGAUUUCUGCCCCCAAGAAACCUCCUCCCUGCAGACUUGAUGGCGUUUUGUCCUUGGGCAUCAGCGGCUACCCUGGGGCCAAGAGACAUGGAGAACAGCAGAAGUCGGACAGGGAAUGAAAGCUACUGGCUGACUUAAAAAGCCCCUGGGCUGCACAGAUUCGAAGACUCGCAGAGUAAGGCACAAUGUCAACAGCAGGAGUGGCUGCUCAGGAUAUUCGAGUCCCAUUAAAAACUGGGUUUCUGCACAAUGGCCAGGCCUUGGGGGGUAUGAGGAGCUGCUGGGGCAGCCGCAGGGAGUGUGACAGUAACUUUAUAAACAUCGAUCCGAUAGCCAUGGCCUACAGUCUGAACUCCUCCACUCAGGAGCACCUAACAAGUCUCGGGUGUACUUCUCGGUCUGCUCCGGCGAGUGGCCACUUCUUUGCAGAAUAUGGCCGGUCUCCAAAAUCGAGCUUGCACCCUCUUAUCAUCCCCCCAAGUGACAGCUCUGGACAUCGAGAAGAGGAUCAGGUUGUGUAUGGCUUUAAGAAACUCUCGGUGAAUGGGGUCUGCACGCCCACUCCUCCACUUACACCCAUCAAAAGCUGCCCUUCCCCCUUCCCCGGUGCGACUGUCUGCGAUCGGGGUUCUCGGCCGCUCCCACCGUUGCCCGUCUCUGCAGACCCGUCUCUGGACGAGGCCGACUGUGAGGUAGAAUUUCUAACCAGCUCAGACAAGGACUUCCUUUUAGAAGACUGUGCCCCUUCUGACUUCAAGUCCGACGUUCCUGGCAGACGAAGCUUCCGUGGGUGCGGACAGAUCAACUAUGCGUAUUUUGACACCCCAACUGUGUCUGUAGCAGAUCUCAGCUGUGCAGCUGACCAGAACAGAGCUGUUCCAGAUCCAAAUCCUCCCCCACCUCAGAGCCAUCGCAGACUGAGGCGGUCUCACUCAGGACCGGCUGGCUCCUUUAACAAGCCAGCCAUCCGGAUAUCUAGCUACACACACAGAGCUUCUCCCAGCUCAGAUGAAGACAAACCCGAGGUCCCUCCCAGGGUUCCUAUACCUCCUAGGCCAGCCAAGCCAGACUACAGAAGGUGGUCAGCAGAAGUGACCUCCAACACAUACAGUGAUGAAGACAGGCCUCCCAAAGUCCCCCCGAGAGAACCUUUGUCACGGAGUAACUCCCGUACCCCGAGUCCUAAAAGCCUUCCGUCUUACCUCAAUGGGGUCAUGCCCCCAACACAGAGCUUUGCCCCUGACCCCAAGUAUGUCAGCAGCAAAGCCCUGCAAAGACAGAGCAGCGAAGGGUCUGCCAGCAAGGUUCCCUGCAUCCUGCCCAUUAUUGAAAAUGGGAAGAAGGUUAGUUCAACGCAUUAUUACCUACUACCUGAGAGACCGCCGUACCUAGACAAAUACGAAAAGUAUUUUAGGGAAGCAGAAGAAGCAAACCCAAGCCCCCCAAUUCAGCCAUUCCCUGCAGCCUGUGGUGUGACCUCUGCCACAGAAAAGCUGGCCUCCAGGAUGAAAGUGGACGUGGGUGGUCACUCGAAGCGCAAACACUUGUCCUACGUGGUUUCUCCGUAACUUAGGGGGUCACGGUUCAGCUGAAGUUACUUGGAGCGGAUGGCUCCCAAUUUUCCAGUUUGAGGUUCCUAGAACAAUGUCAGAUUGCAGAAUGAAGUUGGACUCUGUCUUAGUGAUACCGGCUUAGAGCAGUCGUGAGGUGCUGUUAGCUGGGGGUCCCUGACUCACCAGCAUAGGAGAAAAAGUAUAAUUUAAAGAUGUGCUGGAGGGGCGGGGAGAACGGGAAAACUUUUACAUUUGACUACAUUAUAUACCUAUGUGUAAAUGUGCGAUGUAACCAUAGGCCAUAGCUGCAGGAUAACCAAUUAGUCACUAUCUUAGAGUAAUAUAUAUUCAGGGUAAGGAAAACCAGGCUGGAGAAACAGCUCCUGAUAGCGUGAAAAUUGAGCAAUGGAAGAAAGCAGUAUUUUUAGAUCAACUUAUAAAUUGUUAGGUUUGUGUGCCCACCCCCGCCCCCAGCAGUCUUCGCCAUACAGGACAGGGUGUGUUCUUCACCAGGCCUGGACCAUCUUGUGGAAAUCAAUCUAUGGCUGACUACUUCCGCCUCUGGGGUUUUGUCUUGUUGCGGAGGACAGCGGUUUCUGGACCAUGUUAUCGCCUGUGUGCUUGUCAUGUCUUGAAAACUGACGGGAUUGGUGAAUAACUUACCAUUGCUGUACCUGCUUCUCCCCGUCCACUGCAAUGGCCUGGCGUAGCAAGAGGCUUUCAAGAAAGUACGAUGGCAUCGUACUGGUCGGGUCAGUGUUGGGGAUGCGAGUUUUAUAGAUUAAUGCAGCAAUUAGCUAUGUGGGGAUGUGUGGUAUGUUUUUGUUUUGUUUUGUUUUUUAGACUUAAUAAACAAGUACAACACAAGCUGGCCUUGUGUUGCUGGUUCCUGUUCAGUAUUUCCUGGGGAUUGUUUGCUUCUUAAGUGAAACACUUCUGACCAAUAGCACAGAGCGUCUUAAUGCCAGAGGUCACUUCAGCAUCUCCCGCUUGGGAAGCUCACAGCUGGCUGCUUCACUGCCCUGGGACUCAGUGGGACACGCAGCUUUGUUCAACUUUUCAUAUCCUCUGAUGCGUUUGUCUAGUACAGAUGAGCACAAAGGAAAGGUGCUUGCUCGCAGAGGGGCACUGCUGCCAUGUCCCAACAGGCUGUUGAGUUGAAACUGCUGAAUGACAUUAUUUGAGCUAUUUACAGCUUACUGUAUGUUAGUGUGAACUAAAUGAAGGUUAAAACAUGCUUUAGAGAAAUGCACUGAGCUCUGCACUGUGUGUACAGUAUUGGACAAAGGAUUUAUUCAUUUUGUUGCAUUAUUUUGAAUAUUGUCUUUUCAUUUUAAUAAAGUUAUAUUACUUAUUUAUGA